AUGUGUAUUGCCAGAUCCUCCAUUGACAAGUCCUGUCAUGGAGCAGAUCCUCCAUUGACAAGUCCUGUUAUGAAGCAGGUAACGAAUCCAAAAACACCUCUCAUUACGGAAAUAACAAUCCAAGAAGGCACCAUGUUGAAUUUGUCGUGUGAAGUGACUGGUGGAGAACCGCGUGUGCUAACCGUUACAAUACGGUGUGAUGGCAUUAACCCCAGUACAUUUUAUUCGGUGGUCGGAGAUCGUGUUACAGGUUAUCUCUCGUUAACCGUGUGGAGGAACCUCCACAAUCACACCUGCCAAUGUUCAGCUACACACAAGACAGGUCGAUACCAUCUUACUACGAGUGUCACCAUUCGAGUUAACUAUGCUCUUGGUGUGACAGUACGCCAUGAGGUUAACUCCAGUAACAAGAUCCUAAGGGUGAUAUGUGAAGUAGAAGGACGUCCAGACAACUACAGCUUCUCUCCAUUCACUCACUUCUGGGGCGAGGACAGAAUCAGAGAACUACCAGGACAACGCGUAUCGCCUAACAAGUACGUGUUGACGGUUCAAAACGUGAUAUACGCUGACUCGGGGAGGUAUCAAUGUGAUGUCAGUAAUGGAGUUCAAGGAUUGAACAAGGUCAAAGUUCAAACUAAUUUCACGUCAGUAGAAAUAGGUGAAAACCCCAUUUUGGGUGAUAUGGAACAGAACCAGACUGUGUCCGCUGUCCUUGGUAAAACUGUUGUUUUGGAGAGAAAGAUAUUCAGUAACUCCAAUAUUACUCUUCACACGUGGACAAACGUACGGGGUCAGAAGUUACUAGGUGAACUUUCUACCACAGAAGUGACGUUAAAUAUAUACAGUAUCACAGUCAAAGAUAUCGGAUAUUCAAUCAGUUUGGAGAUUCCUAAAUUAAAUAAAGAUGACCAAGGACUUUACUCUCUGAAUAUCUGUAACAGCUUUGGAUGCGGCCAUUUUAACACAGCUUUAAACAUAGCAAUUCCAGAAUCUGUCGAUGGCUCCACGUCUGACUCAGUUUCAGGUGUCACAGGUGUUGUCAUUCUGGUGGUGAUCAUUGUCGUCGUCAUCGUUAUAGUCAGAAAGAGGAGGAAUUCAACAACAAACAAACAUUCCCCGGAUGAUGAUGAUCAUGAUUAUAUGAACCAGGACAACAACCAACAGGUUGAACGUCCGGCUGUGGAAUAUGUGAACACUGUGAACAAUAUGUACGAUGUGAACACUGUGAAUGAUGUGAACACACAUGCUGAGGAGCCCCAUGUUUAUCAAACGCUUAACAAUUGAAGACCUUUUCUGAAUUAAACUAGUUUCGUGUUUCUACCCAAUUAAGUUUCAAACACGUUGUUCCGGACAAACACAUGAUAUGAUCGUGAAUUAGUUGGUUUUCGUAAAUUCCUUAUUAUUAUACAAUACCCAACGCCUACAAAUUAAAAGAACUAAUGAGCAAUAAGAGAAUUAAGUACGGUAAAAAGUUCGCAAAAUUAAUAAAUGUAAUUUGCCAGGGUUUUAUACGCCCUUGUAAUCCACAUCAUAAUCAGAAUGGUUUCCACACAUAUUAUAUAUAUAUAUAUAU